AGGGACUCCACCAAUAUAUAUACUUCAUUCGAGAAGAAGACGUAAGCGUCGAGAUAAACGCUGGUUGGUUCACUUACUUUUUCGAUCUAUAAGGCUACUCUUCGGUAAUGUACCAGUUUGUGUGUAAUAUUUCGAACUUUGAAAGAAUAACUUAUUCGAACAACCACGUAUCUGCUUAUUAAGAAGGAUACAUAUUAAAAAAAGAGAAUAAUAAAAAAGAAAAGAAAGACAAUAUUAAUAUCGUAAGAAAAAUGAAUCGUUUACAAGUGUUCGUUCUCAUGUGUUUUCUAUUUUCUGUGCCGUUUUUAACGGAGACUACGGAUGAAUCGGAAUACAUUUCGUUAACAGAAAAUUUGAAUUUUGUGAGUAUGAACAAUUGCACAAAUGACGCUUGCAUACCGGACGAAGAGUACCUCGAGAUUAUGUAUGACGACAUAUUUCCGAACUUCACCGAUUGGGUCAUGAUAAGUCUACAUAGCAUCAUUUUCAUCACUGGGCUCGUCGGUAAUUCCCUAGUCUGUUUGGCAGUUUGUCGGAAUCACUCAAUGAAGACUGUUACUAAUUACUUCAUCGUUAAUCUUGCUGUGGCUGAUCUCCUGGUUAUUCUGAUAUGCUUGCCGUCUAGUGUACUUUGGGAUGUAACAGAGACUUGGUUCCUUGGAUGGGGACUUUGCAAGACUAUACCGUAUCUCCAGACUGUCUCGGUGAGCGUUAGCGUUUUAACAUUGACAUGCAUAUCGAUAGACCGAUGGUAUGCUAUUUGUUAUCCCUUGAGAUUCAGAUCGACUACUAGAUGGGCAAAAACAGCUAUUGCUGUUAUCUGGACGGUAUCUUUUCUUUUUGAUAUUCCAGAUAUACUAGUACUCCACACGGUACCAUCCGAAAGUAAAGUAAAGACGAUACUCUAUACUCAAUGCAAAUCUUCUUUAAGUCAUGAAAAACAAACUAUAUUUUGGGCGAUAAAGUUAACCUUUUUAUACAUCGUUCCAUUAAUUUUCAUGACUUUAACUUACUGGCAAAUAGUACAUGUUCUUUGGCGUAGCGAUAUUCCUGGACACAAUCUUACUAGUAGAGCCUGUCAGAUAGGUGAGACACGUUCUACCGGUGCUGGAAACCCUGAGGGUCAAUUGAGAUCUCGACGAAAAGCAGCAAAGAUGUUGAUAGCCAUAGUUGUCACAUUCGCCAUUUGUUACUUUCCAGUACAUCUUUUCUCGAUCUUAAAAUAUACCAUGCUUUUACCGUCCGGCGAAUGGUCGAUUAAAGUGAGCUUGUUCGUUCAUUGGCUUUGUUACGUCAACAGCGCAGCAAAUCCUUUGAUUUACAAUUUUAUGAGCGGUAAAUUUCGGAGACAAUUCAAACGCGCCUUUCCUUGCUUCAAGAAACGCAAAAAUCGAGCUCGAACGACUCGCAUCGCUAAUAUCACGAAUUAUUUCGCAGCAAGAUCUCGUGCAACAAUAAAGUCGAUACAGACUACAACCAAUAGUAAUAAUAAUGUUCAACGAAAUACAGAGAUCAUACCACUGAGCGGAUUCGCGAUUACUGAGCCACGUCCAAACGGUAAAUCAGAAUAAAUUCAAAUAAGUGAUUAUUAUGGUUGAAGCAGGAAACGAAUGAGCUACACUUUCAGAUGUAAUUUUUGAAACAUUAUUAACUCAAUACUCAUUGACAUGAUAAAUGUAUACGGGGUGUUCCUUAAUUCACUAUAUCAUGAAUUAUGAUAUACCCUGUAUAAAUUAUUUUCUUUUCAAUUCAAAUGUAAUCCCGGAUAAUAUCAAAUUCGACGAAGUUUAAACGCUUUAUUUUUAUUUGCAUUUUGUAUAUUGCUCAUCUUAAUAUUAUUAUAUGCACACACGCACGAUAAUUAUUAUCAUUAUUAUCGUCAUUGUUCACCGUCUUCAUCACCAUCAUCAUCAUCAUCAUCAUCAUCAACAUCAUCAUUGACAUAAUACAUUGACGCUUCGUGCGAAACUUGUAUUAAAUCCGUCGAUAUUAAUUAAACAUGAAAAUUUUAAAAUUAUAUACACGUAUACGUAUGUAUUUAGCAACAAAAGUUGAGAAGCUUUAACGUAAUUGAUAAUAAAAGAAUAAGUCAUCAAAACUGUAUUGUUAUUUUGUAAACGUUAAACGCAUUUAAAAUAAACGUCGAAUUCUCUCUUCAAAAAAAAAAAAAAGAAAGAAAAAGGAGAGACAAAAGGAUGACCUAAAUGUUUGUCGAAUAAAUGAAGAGAUGUACUCGCAGGUACCAUGUUAAGUGACAAUUUGUUAGCGUAUAUUUCCGCAAUAAUGGUGUUAUUUAGUAUUCGUAACAAUUCUCUUAUGAUACAGUUGAAUAUACUAAACGGAGUGAUAUCUACAAAAUUUAAUAAGUGUCAUUUUUCUAUACUAUCGAGGUGAAUUCGGUAGUAAUUUCGAAUCUGUAUAGUAUUCUGUUGUAUAUAUAGGAUGUAUAUAAAUGGAAUCAAUCUAUAAAUAUAUUCCAUUAUUCAUACAUACAUCAGAAUAUUUGUACAGAUUUGUAUAUGUAUAUAAACGACUAUUUCUUGUGUCAGGUAUUAUAUGAAGGAUUAAUGUGACGUAUAAAUCAGAACUUAUCCGAACCUAUUGAUUUUCUUUUUUUUUUUUGGUUUUCUUAUAAGCUAUAUAAUCGAGUUAUCAGCAGUACAUUUUGUUUACAAGCUGCAACGUUUUUAGUGUAAUGAUAGAAACAAUAUAUAUAUAAGUAAUCGUUAUUAUUUACCCAACAGGGAAGAACCGAUCGAAAAUGCGGACAUUCCCUAAAAACGCGUUAGCAGUGUAUAUUUUAAAAAUAUAUAGAUCACGCGACUUCAUACAAAA